UCAUUCAUCUUCCUGGACAACUUCGGUUAGCAGGAGUUCCUCCCCGCUCUGAACAGCAGCCGGCGGGGCUGUUCGUGGACGCACCUCCCUCUUCCUGAGUGGCUUUUCCACUUCAGCAGCAGCUCUGAAAGGCAGAAACCGCUCAGAGUUUAUUCAGCCUCAGCUCAGUCUCCGGGUCAGGACCCUCCGAGCUCACAGGAGACCCACCGAGGAGGACCGGACCGGACCGCACCGGACCGGGUGUACAAGUGGACCCGAGUGGCACAACACCAGGACGCACCGUUUCCCACGGGCUGAUCUCCCCAGCAGGGCGGGGGUUGGUGUUUUUUUCCUACAGGGGGACCUUUCAUCCACACCCCCUCCUCAGCAGCAUCCUGAGGAGCUUUUCUGCUCAUUUCCACUGUGACCAAGCAACAGGUUGAGCAGCGCCGCCGAGAGAAGCCACCAUGCCGAGCAAGAGCCAGGUUCUGCGGCCGCGGAUGUGCACGCUGGAGAAGGGCGACAACGGCUACGGCUUCCACCUCCACGGGGAGAAAGGUAAGACCGGCCAGUUCAUCCGUCUGGUGGAGUCCGACAGCCCGGCUGAGACGUCCGGGCUCCGCGCCGGUGACCGCCUGGUGUUCGUGAACGGGGAGGACGUGGAGAACGAGAGCCACCAGCAGGUUGUGUCCCGGAUACGAGCCACCGAGGGCCGGCUGGAGCUCAUCGUGGUGGACCCGGACACGGAGCAGCUGCUGAAGAAGCACAACAUCAAGUGCCUGAAGGGCUUCGUCACCGACGGUGUCCCGUUACCGUUCGACGAGGAGGAGGAAGAAGAGGCGGCGGAGGAGAAGGAGGUGGUGGUGGUGCAGGCACCGGAGGAGGAGGAGGAGGAGGAGGAGCAGGAGCAGGAGGAACAGGGGGGAGAGGAGGAAGAGGCGGCGAAGGAGGUGCCGGAGGAUGCGGAGCUGGACGGGACAGACAGCGGGGAUGAGCGGCACGCCAAGCGGGAGGAGGUGGAGGAGGAGCAGGAGGAGACACCCCGGGAGUCCACGCCGGUCCCGGAGAGUAACGGAGAGAUCCACGGACAAGUCGAGGAGAAGCUGAUCAUCAGCUCCGAAAAGGAGGUGUCCACUGAGCUGAGGCCUCGUCUCUGUGUGAUCCAGCGAGGCCCCAGCGGAUAUGGCUUCAACCUGCACAGUGAGCGGGCGCGGCCGGGGCAGUACAUCCGAGCUGUGGAUGAAGACUCUCCAGCAGAGAGGGAAGGCCUGCAGCCCAAAGACAGGAUAGUGCAGGUGAACGACGUGUCAGUGGAGGGGAAGACGCAUUCAGAAGUAGUUGCUGCCAUUAAAGCUGGCGGUCAUGAGACCCGGCUGCUGGUGGUCAACCCGGAAACAGACGCCUUCUUCAAGAGGUGCCGAGUGACCCCCACCUCCCAACAUCUGACCGGUCCGCUACCAGAGCCUGUCAUUAACGGAGGGAUGGAGGAGAAGGUGAAUGGUAGAGUGGCCAAAGAGGCGGAGAGGGACUCGAAGCUGUCCGUUAGUCCGUCUCCAUCCAACGCCUCGUCCAACGCCUCGCUCACAACCCCGCCAGCAAACACCCCUCCUGAGGUACGACGCACAAAAUACACCACAGCAGCAUGUUCUCACCGAAAUCUGUUCUCUAUCACCAUCUUUUUGUCCUUGUUUCUUCAGGGUCCAAUCACAGAUGCCAUCCCAGCUCUCAAUAUGACCCUGCAGCAGGUCAAAGAGCUCGCCCACCAGAAACGCUCCAACAAGAGAGCCCCGCCAAUGGACUGGACCAAGAAAAAUGAACUCUUCAGCAACCUAUAGGGCUCCUCACUUCACCUGGCACACAUACACACACACACACACACACACACACACACUUUUAUUUUGUAGGGAUGCUUACCAGAAGACAUCAAAAAGAUCAUUUUGUUAAUCACCAUGACAACGAAAGAGAAUUUUAACUAAAGGCGCCAGACAAGCCAUUGUGUAAAAUAUAUCAUUUUUCUUCUAUUAUUAUUGUUGUUACUCCACGUGUUAUUAUAACCCAGAUAUUAAACGGUAUAAUGUGCUACUAACAUGAAAGAUACAUUUGCCAAUGAAAGAGAACUGGACCGUGUUGAAAAUGUGAAAGGUCGGUCUUUUUUAAAAGUUUAUACUAACAUUUAAAACACUGAAGUGUCUUCUGUUAGAGCAACAACAUUAAAAAAAAGACAGCCAGACAAUCAAUUCCUUUAUCUCUAUUUUGCUUUAUGAUCAGUUUUUCAUGAUUAAACAGCUGACAGAAGAGUUAAAAUCACUUUCAUUGCUUUUAUUUCAUUUGUGUAGUAAUCUUCUCUUAUUAACUUUUUGAGAAAUAUCACAUUAGAGCUCUAUUUGUUGUACUUUUGAAGAAUCAUAUGAUUCCAAAAUAAAGGAUGUCGCUUCCUUUAUAAACUGAUUUCUAAUAUGAAUCUCUGAUCUCUGUUUUGGGAAAUACUUGCUGAUGGCUUUAAACUGGAAAUAACUGUAUUUUAAUGUAUGUAUAUAUAUAUAAAUAUAUAUCAUAUACCAUGUAUAUUUUUACACUUUUGACAUAAAUUCAUCUCUGAAACGAAGGUUAAAUCCCGUGCUGCCACUCAUCCGCGCUUUGUCUGGUCCACACUUUAUUGAAUGUGAACUACAGUAUAUUGUGACUAACUUAUCCCACCUUUUAUCAGCUGUCAUUGCUGCUGUGAAUGGCUCCUCAGUUCACAUAUUUAGAAUAUUGAAUAUUUUUAUUGCUCCAACAGAAAUGAAAAUUUAUGAGAUUUUUACAUGUUUCUGUUGAUGUCUUAAAAACGAUAACUGUGUAACUUUUAGAUCACCAGAAGGAAUGUCUGUGCUUGGGUAGAUUGUAUGCAUUUGUCCAGUAUUGACAACAGUGAUCAUUUUAAAACCAAAUGGCUGAAUCUAUGAAGAGUUUUUUGUAGUUACUGUUAGCAGUAAACAUUUUAUUUACUGUAAUGUCAGUCUUGAGCAUUAUCCUGUUAUUUGAGAAUUAAUAAAACUAUUCUCCAGUG